AUGUCUGAGGUUCUCGAUCUUUCCUUGUUGAAGGGGACUCCUCAGCAGAGGGAGGAAAUCUCAGUGGCCCUGCUUCACGGCCUUAAGACUCGUGGCGGUGUCAAGCUGAAGAACCAUGGUCUUCCCGACCAGCUCAUCUACGACUUGUUUGACUGGACUCGAAAAUUCUUUGCUCUUCCUCAUGAGGACAAAAUGCUUGCCAAGCAUCCUCCUCAGGCAAACCCUAAUCGUGGAUACUGCUUCGUUGGGCAAGAGUCUAUCUCCAGUAUCAGUGGUUUCGAGAAAGGCCUUCCACAGGGACAGUUUGUCCGCGAUAUCAAGGAAACAGUCGACUUUGGUUCUCCCCGAGACGAACUCGUGGACAACAUCUGGGUUCCAGAGGAGAAGCUUCCCGGCUUCCGCAAGUUCAUCGAAGAAUUCUACGAAACCUGCUUCAAACUUGAGCUCGAGAUCCUCGCUGCACUAGCUAGAGCUCUUGGCGUCGACGAGAACCAAAUGGUCUCCCUCCACAACAAAGCCGAAAACGAAUUCCGCAUCCUCCACUACCCCGAGAUCCCUGCAUCAGACUUGGCCGAUGGCACUGCGACCCGCAUUGCUGAACACACAGACUUUGGUAGCAUCACCAUGCUUUUCCAGGACUCUGUAGGUGGUCUGCAAGUUGAAGACCAGCAAAAUCCAGGUGUUUUCCACGGGAUCGAGUCCGCAGAAAAGACAGAGAUUAUCUUGAAUAUUGGUGACUCGAUGCAGCGAUUGACCAACGAUACUUUCCGUGCAGCUUGUCACCGAGUCACGUACCCACCUUCUGUCAAGGUUGGUUCUGAGGCUGUUAUUCCUGAGCGUUACUCGAUUGCGUACUUUGCGAAGCCGAACCGUACGGCGUCGUUGUUCCCUUUCAAGGAGUUCAUUACACCGUCAACGCCUUGUCGGUAUGAUGAUGUCAAUGCGUGGGAUUUCCAGAAUCUUCGCAUUUCCAGACUGUUCAAAUAA